GGUGGCGUUUACAUUUCUGACGUAUUGUCUCGUUCAGUCAUCUUCAUGGGAGAACUAAGCUUUAUUUGCACUGAUUUUGGAAGGACAAUUUGUAGAGCAAAAGGUUUAUCUUCUCUGUGAGUGUAAUGCAGAAGAUGAACUCAUGGCUGAACAUGUGAAAACAGAUCAAGAAGCCAUAACAGAAAAGCCCCAAUCAGAAAAAGAGGAAUUAAUUGAAACUACAGAGUAUCAUGUUCUCAAGAGAGAGCUCAAGAUAAGAACCCUAAAUGCUAACGUGGCAAAACAAGAAACUGCAAGUCUAGAAGCCGAACGCCAGAGGCUUCGUUUGUUAGUAAAGAAGCGGGUCCCAGGACAUGGAAAGACAAAAUCUGUGGAUAAAAGUAUGAGUUUGAUGAUAAAGAAGUUGAGUGAAGUGGAAGAAGAAAACAGGAUUCUUAAAGAAAGUUUAUGUGAGAGAGAGAAUGAAAUCCGGAUUUUGAAAGGAGAAGUGGGAAGGAAUCCAGAAGCAAAGAUUUUGGAAUUGGAAAACAAAAUUGUGUCUUUGGAAUUGGAACUUGAAAGGGUAAAUGAGUCAAAGAGAACAACCGAGGAGAAGUUUGAGGAUUUGAGAUUAAUGAAUGUUGAUCUUGAUUAUCAACUUUCUGAUUCCAAAUUUGAAAUAAAAGAAGCCUUUCGAAAAGUAUCUAUUUUAGAAAUGGAGUUGGAGGAUAAAAGUCAACAAUAUGAAGGACUAGAAACAACAUGUCUUGAGCUACAACUCCAAUUAGCCACUGUUUCGUGUAAGAAUGAGGUAAGUGAAGAUCUUCAUAGUGUAAGUGGCUAUGAAGGAGUAGAAGAGUUGACUAAUAACAAGAAGUUGAGGAAGCAUUCUUCUAUGCAUGAUGUUUUAAGGUUGCCCACAAUCAAAGAAAUUUUAACCACUACAGAAACAAAAGAUCCAUCUGGCCCACAUUACAACACGUGCAAUAACAUGUGUGGACUAAAGAAUGUCGCACCUCAAGCUUUGACAAUUGUACCAAGGAUGAAGCGUAGUAAAGGUACCGAAUUGCUAUGGAAGCUACUACUUAGAAGGAAGAAGAGAGGCAACAAGAAGAAGCUUCAUAGGUUUGCUACAUACCAUAUUUAGUGUAAACAAAGAUGUUUGAGGUUAGGAUUGUGAAUAAUUGAUGUUUUAAAUGAUACUUUUGUUUACAAAUAGUCAAUAUCAGCACUUAGAGA